ACCUCCAGAGGGUCCUACGCAGUGGAAGACAUCUCUGUGUUUCGGACAGCUGGUGUAUUUAAGCUACCCACUCAGCCAACUGUCUAGCAUAGUCUUAAGGAAGAGCAUCACCCUCCAUCACACAUGGCCAGCCGGAAGACCAAGAAGAAGGAGGGUGGAGCAAAGCGCGCCCAGCGAGCCUCCUCCAACGUCUUCUCCAUGUUUGAGCAGACGCAGAUCCAGGAGUUCAAAGAGGCUUUCACGCUGAUUGACCAGAACCGGGACGGCUUCGUCGAUAAGGAGGACCUGAAGGACACCUACGCCUCGCUGGGAAAGCUGAACGUCAAAGACAAUGAACUGGAGGACAUGCUGAAGGAGGCGAGCGGGCCCAUCAACUUCACCAUGUUCCUCAACCUGUUCGGGGAAAAGUUACACGGGACCGAUCCAGAGGAAACCAUCCUCAAUGCGUUCAGAAUGUUUGAUCCUGAGGCCAAGGGGCACAUACACAAAGAUGUAUUGCAGCACCUCCUGAUGACACAGGCCGAUAAGUUCACGGCUGAGGAAGUCAACCAGAUGUUCCAGUCCUCCAACAUAGACACAUCAGGAAACUUAGACUACAAAUCCCUUUGUUACAUCAUCACGCAUGGAGAGGAGCAAGAGUGA